CUCUUUUCUAACUAUCUUGUACGCGAUGCUGUCUGCACUACGCCGGAGCGUCGUCGGCCAAACUCGUGCAUUCUCGACUGGACAUAUUUCCGUCAAUGGCUUCGUUGGUGCUGUGGGCAACACGCCUCUCAUCUACCUAAAGACGUUGUCUGAGCAGACGGGCGCGGAGAUCUACGGCAAGGCCGAGUUCCAGAACCCAGGAGGGAGUAUCAAGGACCGUGCCGCUGUUGGUGUUGUCACCGACGCGGAGGAGCGAGGGUUGAUUAAGCCCGGAGGGACUGUUGUCGAAGGUACGGCGGGCAACACGGGUAUCGGCCUCGCGCAUGUGUGCCGUAACAAGGGCUAUAAAUGCGUGAUCUUCAUGCCUAAUUCCCAGAGCCAAGAAAAAAUCGACCUCCUCCGCAUGCUCGGUGCUGAAGUUUACCCCGUACCCGCCGUCGCGUACGAGAACCCGGCGAACUACAAUCACCAGGCGCGCGACUACGCCAAGUCGCUCGACAACGCGAUCUGGACGGACCAGUUCGACAACACCGCGAACGCGAAGGCCCACUACGUGAGCACGGGCCCCGAGAUCUGGGAACAGACCGAAGGAAAGCUCGACGGCUUCAUCUGCGCGACGGGUACGGGCGGCACGCUCGCGGGCGUGGGCAAGUAUCUGAAGGAGAAGAGCGGCGGGAAGACGCAGGUGUGGCUUGCGGAUCCGCCGGGCAGUGUGCUGUACACGUAUGUGUCGAGUGGAGGGAAGCUGGCGGAGCGGUCGGGGAGCUCGAUAACGGAAGGUAUUGGCCAAGGUCGCAUUACGAACAACCUUGGGACUUUCAUCAACGAUAUUGACGGUGCACUUCAUAUUGCGGAUGAGAAGUCGAUCUCGAUGAUAUACCAACUACUUGACACCGAGGGCCUUUAUGUUGGUGCAAGCACGGCACUGAACGUUGUCGCUGCUGUGGAGCUGGCUCAGAAGCUUGGCAAAGGGUCACGAGUGGCAACUGUACUCUGCGACGGCGCCUAUCGGUAUCAGAGCCGUCUGUUCUCGAAGAAGUGGCUACAGUCGAAAGGUCUCGAGGCGGCUAUACCAGAACACUUGAAGAAGUACGCUGUGCUUGACUAGAUGCGUUGCUAAAAUGGGGCCUCUACCGGCCGACUUCGUAACAAAAUAGUAGACUUUGUAUAUUUAUCUGCUUGUAAUCUGUGUGGGACCGAAGUGCAUCUGAAUAAUGGCACUCGC